CCUGCUCCAUUUUCGUUUCUGCUCUUCCGCAUUCUUCACCGAAUCAAAUACACACAUAUUUCACCUAUACAUACACAUUUUAAACUCACACAUACAGAGAGAAAGGCCAAUUAAUGGCGUCUAAGAAAUCGCUACCUCUGUUUUCGCUGCUGCUGUUCGCCUUUGUCGCCGGAGCUCUGUGUAGAAUCCAGAAAGUCGAAGAAUCAGCUAUUUUGAGUGCGGUUGAGAAAGAGGAGUUUCUGUUGCAGAGGUCUCGUAAUUCGACGGCGUCGGAAAAGUUGGGAGGAAUUGAGGAAGAGGAGUAUUACAAUGAACACGCAGUUGAUGAUCCAGAAGAGGUGGCAAGAAUGGUAGUAAUGGCCACAAGAAACAGCACGGAGAGGAGAAAACUCGGUUUCUUCUCAUGCGGAACCGGCAACCCCAUCGACGACUGCUGGCGCUGCGACCCUAACUGGCAGAAGAACCGGAAGCGCCUCGCGGACUGCGGGAUUGGCUUCGGUCGCAACGCCAUUGGUGGCCGCGACGGCCGCUACUAUGUGGUCACAGACGCUGGCGACGACGACCCUGUCAACCCGAGGCCGGGCACCCUGCGCCACGCUGUCAUCCAGGACGAGCCUCUGUGGAUCGUCUUCAAGCGCGACAUGGUCAUCACGCUGAAGCAGGAGCUGAUCAUGAACAGCUUCAAGACCAUAGAUGGACGUGGUGUCAACGUGCACAUUGCUAACGGCGCAUGCAUCACGAUCCAGUUCGUUACGAAUGUCAUCAUCCAUGGCUUGCACAUCCAUGACUGCAAGCCGACUGGUAAUGCGAUGGUGAGGAGCUCGCCCUCGCAUUACGGCUGGAGGACUAUGGCGGAUGGUGACGCGAUUUCCAUCUUUGGGUCGAGCCAUAUUUGGGUCGACCAUAACUCGCUGUCUAACUGCGCGGACGGGCUUGUGGACGCUGUCAUGGGAUCCACUGCCAUCACCAUUUCCAACAACUACUUCACACACCACAAUGAGGUGAUUCUGUUAGGCCACAGUGAUUCUUACAUGAGAGACAAGACGAUGCAGGCGACUAUCGCAUUCAACCAUUUUGGAGAGGGACUCAUCCAGAGAAUGCCAAGGUGCAGACAUGGCUACUUCCACGUCGUGAACAACGACUACACUCACUGGGAGAUGUACGCUAUAGGUGGAAGUGCAGAGCCCACCAUCAACAGCCAAGGCAACAGAUACCUUGCACCAGUCAAUCCUUUUGCAAAGGAGGUGACAAAGAGAGUCGACACAGCUGCAGGCAAAUGGAAGAGCUGGAACUGGAGAUCAGAAGGAGACCUGAUGCUGAACGGAGCUUACUUCACACCAUCCGGAGCUGGAGCUUCAGCCAGCUACGCUCGUGCUUCGAGUUUGGGUGCAAAGUCUUCCUCCAUGGUCGGAUCCAUUACUUCCGGUGCAGGGGCCCUUGGCUGCCGCCGUGGGCGGCAGUGCUAGCCUACCGCAUGAAAAAAAAGAGCAAAGAAAGAAGGUCUUCUUUCCCCGCCUUCUUUCUUUCUACAGAUUCCGAGCCUUACAGUAAUACUCCCUAUUUUCCCCGAUUUUUUAAAAUUCCCAUGCUUCAUUCACAUUGGCAAGUGUACAUUUUUUAUACAUGCCUGGACAUUCUCCAAUCACACACUCCAUUUCAUCAUCCCACCAUCACCACAUUAUUGUGCAACCUCGGCCUGAUUCAGUCGGAAAGAAUUAUCGUUGUUCUGGAAACAGGCGCGGAAGCGUUGUCCAAAAUCUCAUCCACCUCCAUCCCUGUCGUAACUGAGAAUAUAUAUCCAUCUAUAUAUAUAUAUAUAUGAAUAUCUGUUUAUCAUUAUUAUCCACAAAAAUUGUGGUUACCCUUUGAGAAUCUACCUUUCAUUUUGUUGUAUGGAGCCAUAUUAUAGUGUGAAUGUCCAAAACUUAGUGGUGAAGAAGAAAAGAAGGACUUAUGUAAUAGAUGAUGCAUAGUAUGUAAGUAGUGAGGUUCAAUGCAUUAUGAUUUUACUAUA